AUGGAGGACGGGGAGGAGGAAAAAAACGAGUCGUUCGACGAGGCGAAGAAGAACGCGAACUGCGUGGGCCCAUCCGCGACGACCGCGGGGAAAGCGUCGGCGUGCGACGGAUGCCCGAACCAAAAAGAGUGCGCGAGUGGGAAAUUUCAAAACGUGAACAACGGGGAAAAGACGGAAGAGGAACUCGCGAUUGCGAGUCGACUCGCGGAGUGUAAACGCGUCGUCUUGGUGCUCUCCGGGAAAGGAGGGGUUGGGAAAUCGACCAUGGCGCAAGCGAUGGCGAGAGAGUUAUCGGAAACGAGCAAAGUUGGGCUUUUGGAUAUCGAUAUAUGCGGGCCGUCGGUGCCGACGAUGACGAAAAAAGAAGGUGCCGACGUCCACAGAAGCAACGGCGGGUGGCAACCGGUGUACGUGACGGAGAAUUUGAGCGUCAUGUCGAUUGGAUUCUUGCUGCCGAAUAAAGACGAUUCGGUCGUGUGGAGAGGUCCGAGGAAGAAUGGUUUGAUUAAGCAGUUUUUGUGCGACACGGAGUGGGGGGAGUUGGAUUAUUUAAUCGUCGACGCGCCGCCGGGGACGAGCGACGAACACUUGAGCAUCGUGCAGUAUUUAAAAGGAGGGGCAAAGAUUGAUGGUGCUCUGAUAGUCACGACGCCGCAAGAGGUGGCCAUGGCAGACGUGAGAAAAGAGGUGAAUUUUUGCGAAAAGACUGGGGUGAAGGUUUUAGGGGUGGUUGAGAAUAUGAGUGGGUCAGAUUUGAGGUUAGGGGAGGUGACGUUUAGUUUAGACGACGGGACGGAGGAUGUGACUGCGUUGGUGAGAGAAGCGUUAGACGCGAAAGGGAUAGAUUCGAGUCGUUUAACGAUUGAUUGUCCGGUAUUUGCGGCGACGAGAGGUGGAGCGGAGCACAUGUGUAAAGAGAAAGGAAUUCCUUUUCUAGGGAAGGUUCCGAUAGAUACCGGAAUCGGGAGAGCGGGUGAAGAUGGGGAUUCGGUGUUUGGAGACGCGUCGAUGGCAACCGGGAAGUCGAAAGCGGCGUUGAGAGCAGUCAUUAGAAAACUAGUCGCUAAUUUACAAUAA